AUGCUAAACGUUUCCGCACUCAUCACCCGCUUGCAAGACCAAACCACCUCUGACCAGGUAUUCCUGGGUCAAUGCCUCGAGGACUACUCUGAGGUGGUUGACAACUGCGAUGACGUGAUCGACUCCCUUUUCCCGAUAUUCGACAAAGUCCUUCCGGACCCUGGCGAAGAUGGUGUACGUGUCCUGACGAACUUCACGCGCCGUGAAUUUGUCGUGCUAUGGGAGAUCGUCAAGCUUCCUCUCAAAGCUCGGCGGCAUAAUGGACGUGGCUCCAAGUGCAAGACGUCACCGAGAUACCUGCUGUUCAUGACGUUGGCCUUGCUCAUGCACUACAAAUCCUGGGAGAAGCACGCCAUGGACUUUGGGUUCCGCGCACCAAUAUACCAAAAGUUGUAUGUCCGAGUGGCGAACAACGAUUGCAUUGUCAACUACCCGUACGCUCUUUACGCAACUGAUGUCAGUGUUCAACAUUCCGAGCGCCGGCUGCCCGACAUGGCGAAGCGAAGCCAUACUUCAGCGCGAAGCACAAUAUGUAUGGUCUGGAGAUCGACGCAUCUGUGUCCUCAAGGGUUGCUGGUGGACAUGAGCAAGACGCACCAUGGAGCCGUGGCUGAUUGA